ACAGGAAGCGGGGGGAGGCGCGGCCGGACGGCGGGGAGGCAGGGCGUGCGGGGCGGCGGGGGGCGGCGGGCGGCGGCGGGGCGCUCGGCCGGGUGGCGGGGCGGCGAUGUGGGGCGUCCCGGGCGUCCCGGGGCGGUGCGGGGCCAGGGGCGGAGUCGGGGGCGCCGCGGACACCGCCCCCCUGCGCCGAAGGAGCCGCCGCCCCAGCGCAGAGCCGGGACCGCGGGGAGCCGGCUGCCCGCGGGAGCCGGAGGACGCAGCCAUGCCGGGCGGGGCCGAGGCCGGGGAAGCGGAGGAGGAGGCUGGGGUCGGCUCGGGGUCCGAGGCGGAGGAGGACGUGCUGUGGGAGCGGAUCGAGGCUGUGCGGCACCGGCUGACGCGCGCCCUGAACCCGGCCAAGCUCACGCCAUAUCUGCGCCAGUGUCGGGUCAUCGACGAGCAGGACGAGGAGGAGGUGCUGAGCACCUACCGCUUCCCGAGCCGCGUCAACCGCACCGGGCGUCUGAUGGACAUCUUGCGCUGCCGUGGCAAGAGGGGCUACGAGGCCUUUCUGGAAGCCCUGGAGUUCUACUACCCAGAGCACUUCACACUGCUUACUGGCCAGGAGCCUGCCCAGCGUUGCUCCAUGAUCCUUGAUGAGGAGGGGCCAGAGGGUCUGACCCAGUUCCUGAUGACGGAGGUGCGGCGGCUGCGGGAGGCCCGCAAAAGCCAGCUGCACAGGGAGCAACAGCUGCAGGCUCGGGGCCGGGUGCUGGAGGAGGAGCGGGCAGGCCUGGAGCAGCGGCUGCGAGAGCAGCAGCAGGCACAGGAGCGCUGCCAGCGGCUGCGGGAGGACUGGGAAGCCAGUAGCCUGGAGCUGCUGCGGCUCAAGGAUGAGAACUACAUGAUCGCCAUGCGCCUGGCUCAGCUCAGCGAGGAGAAGAACUCCGCUGUGCUCCGCAGCCGCGACUUGCAGCUGGCGGUGGACCAGCUGAAGCUCAAGGUGAGCCGUCUGGAGGAGGAGUGCUCACUGCUGCAGAGGGCCAGGGGCCCCCUGCCUGGGGCCGAGGAGAAGGAGAAGAAGGAGCCGGAUGGUGCCGACCUUGUCUCUGAGUUGCGAGCUGAGAACCAGCGGCUGACGGCUUCACUGCAAGAGCUCCAGGAGGGCCUGCAGCAGGAGGCAAGUCGGCCUGGGGGUCCCGGCUCAGAGCGCAUCCUCUUGGACAUCUUGGAGCACGACUGGCGGGAGGCACAGGACAGCCGGCAGGAGCUGUGCCAGAAGCUGCACGCGGUGCAGGGCGAGCUGCAGUGGGCGGAGGAGCUCCGGGACAAGUACCUGCAGGAGAUGGAGGACCUGCGGCUGAAGCACCGCACGCUGCAGAAGGACUGUGACCUGUACAAGCACCGUAUGGCCACUGUGCUGGCCCAGCUGGAGGAGAUCGAGAAGGAGCGGGACCAGGCCAUCCAGUGCCGUGACCGGGUCCAGCUGCAGUACUCCCAGAGCCUCAUCGAGAAGGACCAGUACCGCAAGCAGGUGCGCAGCCUGGAGGCUGAGCGGGAUGAGCUGCUCACCACACUCACCAGCCUGGAGGGCGCCAAGGCCCUGCUGGAGGCGCAGCUGCAACGGGCCCAGGGUGGCUCCUGCCUCAAGGCCUGUGCCUCCUCCCAUUCCUUGUGCUCCAACCUCAGCAGCACCUGGAGCCUGAGUGAGUUCCCCUCUCCGCUGGGAGGCCCAGAGGCCUCUGGGGAGGCUGCUGUGACAGCAGGAUCUGAGCCCCACACUUCGGAGGAGACCACCGACAGUGAGAAGGAGAUCAACCGACUUUCCAUCCUGCCUUUCCCCCCGAGCGCUGGCUCCAUCCUCCGCCGGCAACGUGAGGAGGACCCCGCGCCCCCUAAGAGGUCCUUCAGCAGCAUGUCAGAUAUCACAGGAAGCGUGACACUUAAGCCCUGGUCCCCUGGCCUCUCUUCAUCCUCGUCCUCCGACAGUGUGUGGCCGUUGGGAAAGCCUGAUGGCUUCCUGGCUCGAAGCUAUGGUCUGGAUCUCUUCAGCAGGUCUCUGGCCAUCCGGGUGUCUGGGCGGAGCCCCCCAGGGGGCCCUGAGACCCAGGACAAAAGUCCAGAUGGCCUGUCGUUCCUUGGGGACAGCUGGUCUGGAACAGUGGUGCGGAGGGUGCUCUCUGGGCCUGGUUCUGCCAAGGCAGAAUCAAGGGAGCCCAGGGCAGACGCUUCUGGCUUCGAGGGGCCUGGUCUGGAAGGGGAGUCUCAGCAGAAAACCUUGCUCUGGAACCAGACGUCUACACCCCCCUUCCUGUUAGACUCCAAGGCCUGCCAGUCCUUCCACGAAGCCCUGGAUGCCUGGGUGAAGGGGCCAAGUGCUGAGCCCUUCUACAUCCGAGCCAACCUUACCCUACCCGAGCGCGCCGACCCGCACGCCUUGUGUGUGAAGGCCCAGGAGAUCCUGCGGCUGGUGGAUGCGGUGCACAAGCGGCGGCAGGAGUGGUUCUGCACGAGGGUGGACCCCCUCACCCUGCGGGACCUGGACCGGGGCACCGUGCCCAAUUAUCAGAGAGCCCAGCAGCUCCUAGAAGUCCAGGAGAAAUGCCUGCCCUCUGGUCGGCCCCGCGGACCCCGCAGUAAUCUGAAGAAGCGAGCCCUAGACCAGUUGCGGCUGGUGAAGCCCAAGCACGUGGGGAGUCCGGCCAGCGAGUCCCCGGAGCCACUGCUGCUGGAGCCCUGCUCAGAGCCGGAGCGGAGCCUUAAGCCUUAUAGCCUAGUGCGACCGCUGCUGGUGUCAGCCCUGCGGCCCGUGGUGCUCUUGCCUGAGUGCCUGGCGCCCCGGCUCAUCCGCAACCUCCUUGACCUGCCCAGCUCCCGGCUGGACUUCCAAGUGUGCCCAGCGGAGAGCCUGUCUGGGGAGGAGCAGUGCCUGUCCUCAGCACCGGGUGCCCCCAAGGCCCAGCCUGCCACCCCUGGGCUGGGCAUCCGGAUCCGAGCCAUCCAGGAGUCUGUCAGCAAGAAGAAGCACUGCCUGUUGGAACUGGGUGUGAGGGGCGUGCGGGAGCUGGUCCAGAAUGAGAUCUACCCCAUCGUCAUCCACGUGGAGGUGACAGAGAAGAAUGUCCGGGAAGUCAGGGGGCUGCUGGGCCGGCCAGGCUGGCGGGACUCAGAGCUGCUGCGGCAGUGCCGGGGCUCGGAGCAGGCUCUGUGGGGGCUGCCCUGCUCCUGGGUGCAGGUGCCCGCUCACGCCUGGGCCCACUCAGAGGAGCUGGCCAAGGUGGUGCGGGGCCGCAUCCUGCAGGAGCAGGCCCGCCUGGUGUGGGUGGAGUGCAGUAGCGGCAGGGGCUGCCUCAGCAGCAGCGAGGCUUGAGUGCCUUCCUGAUGCCCUGGAGAAGCUGCGUCUGCAGUGGAACCACUGCCAGCCUUGGCCUCAGCGCUCACUCGACUGUGGCAACGGGUCUGUGCCCUGGACUCGCUUCCCCGCAGAGCCUGCUGGAGACCUGGGGCUGGAGCCUCCACUGUCUUGAAUGUGCUGCUGGGGAUGAGGGGUGCAUGGGGCCCCACAUGUCCAUGUCCCUGUUCCAGGAUGUCACACGAACAGACACACAGACACAUCUGUGUCCUCUUCCUCGCUGCUCACCUGGAGCCUCUGGGUGCUCGCUCGCGUGCACAGUAUUACACACCCAAGUUCUCACGAGGUAGGGUUACUCUGCCUGGCUGGGGAGCCCGGCGAGCGUGGCGCCCACUGCCCAGCUCAUGUUUCACACACGGACACUGUGUCCUCAUCUGCUGUCACUGGAGGCCCUCGCGCCUCCUUGCACACCCGUGUCCCGUGUCUCGCCCUGCUCCUGUGGUGCUCGGGCACCCAUAGGUGUGCCCAGUAGGUCCUCAGGGUGCCUCUCAGAGGCCUCAGGGACCAGAAUGUCCAGUGUGCAAAUGUCCCAAGGGUCUUUUUUGCUCAGAAGCUUCGAGCUGUUGGACAGUAAAUGGUUUGUCAUAGAA